AUGUCCUCCCCCACAUACGAGCUCAUCUACUGGCCCGGCAUCCCAGGACGAGGUGAAUUCAUCCGCCUCGUCCUCGAGGAAGCCGGAGUCGAAUACAAGGACACAGCCGUCGUCGACCCCGGCGCAGCCGCUCAAAACGUCGCCGUGCAAAUCGAUUCCUCCAACACCGGAGACGGUAACAACCCCCCUCCUUUCGCCCCACCUAUUCUCCGACACGGCGAUCUGCUCAUCAGCCAGACGCCCAACAUUCUCCUGUACCUCGCGACCCGUCAUGGUCUCGCUCCUAAGGAGGACAGCCCCGGCUUCUACCAUCUCAAUGCCCUUGCCUUGACGGUGCUGGAUGGUUUGUCUAAUGAGGCUCAUGACACGCAUCAUCCGAUUGCUGUGAGCGAGUACUACGAGGACCAGAAGGAGGAGAGUAAGCGCAGGGCUGCCGAUUACAUCAAGAACCGCAUUCCCAAGUUUUUGGGUUAUUUUGAGAGGGUUAUUAAGGGCAAGAAGAGUGGUGAUGGACCCUGGUUGUAUGGUGGGAACUUGACCUAUGCGGACUUGGUCCUCUUCCAGGGUAUUGAUGGUAUCAAGUAUGCUUUCCCCAAUGCCGUUGGGAAGCUCGAGGCCUCUGGGAAAUAUGCCAAUGUCUUCAAGCUGCACCAAGCAGUCAAGGACCGCCCUCGUAUCAAGGAAUAUCUUACCAGCAAACGUCGCCAGCCGUUUGGUUUGGGCCUGUAUAGACACUAUCCCGAACUUGACUCGAAGUAG